CCCUGCCUCCCACAAGCUCCAUACCCCUUCGCCCCUUCCCAACAUGGAUGCGCUGGCGGGUUAUGGGUCAGACGACGACGUCAGCGACGAAGAGCCCUCGCAGCCAUUCCAGUCAUCCGCACCUGCCGCGCCAGCUGCCGCUCCAGCAACUUCCGCUGUGCGCGCUACCCCCGUUAAACAUGCCACUUCUGUAAGCCAGAACCAGUCUGAGGACAACUUCUCACCAGCCUCGCAGCAGCAGCAGCCAAGGCAGGGCCUAGGCCUGGCCCUGCCGCCCCAUCGGCCAAGCGCGGAUUUCUCGGAUCUCUUCCGCCGCCGCGAUUCGCGGGUUCCGCAGCCGGGGCGUCCGCCCCUUCCCCCUGGUCCGCUAGGGAAGCGGAAGUGGAAGACAGCUUAUUUGCGCCACCUCCCGCCGCCUCCCGCGCGGCCUUUUCCGCCAUAGCAGACGCGACUGCAGGUGCAACGUCAGCAGACGGUGAGCCGUCAGAAAGCCUCACGGACAGUCUCGGUUCUAGUCGGCCGCGGUCAGGGCUGUUCGCUGCCCUCCCGCCCCCAAGACAAACGCCCGGGUCAGCACUUGGGGUGGGAUGGGUGUGGGACUCGGAGGAUUGGGGACAACGGGAGAAGAGCCUUCGACCACCGUGGGAUUUGGGCGAGGAGUAGGCGGAAGGCAGCGGCGGAUUUUGGGGAGGAUUCGGAGUCGGACGAGGAGGAGAGGGCGCGCAAGACUCGUAUCCGCGAUCGCAACGCAGCAGCAGCAGCUGCAGCCGCAGGGGGCAAGAGAGGCCUGGCGGCGUUCCUGCCAGCGCCCAAGAAUUCCCUGGGCAUGGGGGGAGCCAUGGGGGGAUCUGGAUCCAC